AAAAUGUCAGUUGACUCUCGUAGCUGCUAGUAAACGGAACUCUUGGGAAAAUAUCUGCUCAAGAAAAAGAAGAGUGAAAUAGAAAUCCUCCCAGACUGCUGCGCGAAACGCGAACUUAAAUUUUUCAUUUCAAUUAAGUCAAAGAUACAUAAGAAGACUAAUUGCCUUUAAUUAGCCCUAUUAAUUGUGUAAUCUUUCAACUAGAUCAAGUCAAAUAGCUAGCGCGCGUAUGGCUACAGUUGUGUGACCUGUAUUGAGAGUAUUUUAGCUUUGAACAAUGGCGACUACCUCUGGCAGCCCGCAGAUGCAUCGUUCUAUUUCGAUGCCUGUCCAACCACAACCCUUGCAGCCGAAAAUUAUGAAACGUUCUCAGGAAAAGGAAACAUUGUACGAAGAAGACUACUAUCCCGAAAGUCCCAGCUGUGAGAGACGUCGCAAAUCGCGCAUUGAUGAUCGUUUGGGUUGUCAUAGUCAAAGUGAUAACAACAUACUCACGGCAGAUUGGUGUGGCAGCACAAUUGAAUUGAAUAAUGAUCUACGAAGAAAUGAAAUUGAUACAAUUUAUAAUCGCCGUAAACCGUAUAGGGUUGUUGAGAAAAAUGGACGGGAAAAUGUCAUCUAUAAGAGGCUGCCAGAGAAGUCUUGGCGUUAUAUAAGAGAUUUUGUAACAACAUUGAUCGAAUUAGAUUGGAAGUAUAUGCUGACCAUGUUUGUGGGAAGUUAUUUCCUUAGUUGGACUUUCUUUGCCCUACUCUGCUACAUGGUGGCCUUUUCCCAUGGAGAUUUGAUGUUUGACGAGGUGACAGGUGAACGCCUGGGCGAAGGCAAGAGUCCCUGCAUCAUUGGGGUCUACGAUUUUACCUCCAUGUUCAUAUAUUCCAUGGAGACCCAGACGACCAUUGGAUUUGGCGAAAAAUAUCCCAGCGAUGAGUGUCCCGAAACUAUGUUCCUAUUUAUAAUGCAAAUAGUGUGUUCCAUAGCCAUCGAAGGAGCUAUGGUUAGUAUAAUAUAUGCUAAAACGGCGCGACCAGCUAAGCAGCUUACAAAAUUGAAAUUCAGCAAUAAGGCGGUGAUUUGUUAUCGCGAUGGCAAAUUAUGUCUUUUGUUCCGUGUUUGUGAUCCCAGGGAGCAACAUAGCAUAGAGUCUAAAAUAAGGGUCUAUGUCAUUGUUGAUAGGCCUACCAAAGAAGGUGAACUCUUAAAGAGCCAUACCGAGCUCAAGUUGGAAAACGAUGGUCAACAAGUUAUUGUAUGGCCAGAAACUGCUUGCCAUGUCAUCGAUGAGUCAUCUCCUUUACGUGGCCUGAAAAGUGCCAAAGAUUUGAAUAAUGCUCAAUUUGAGUUAUAUGUCAGCAUUGUGGGAGUUUCCCCAGCCACUGCCCAAGUAACAGAGGCCAGAACCUCCUAUAUUCCCCGGGAGAUAUUCUGGGGUCAACGUUUUAUCAACAUCAUCAAAUAUGACACCCAACACAAGCAAUAUGUUAUCGAUUAUGAUAAUUUUAAUACAACCAUAUCUGUUGAUAUGACCAACAGUGAAGGAGGCAUUCAAUAUGAAAAGUUGGAAUAGUUAGCGAUAUAUUCUUCAGACGAAACGCAAUAUCCUCAACAAUUGAAAAUUGCAAAAGUGAACGGCAUAAACUACCAAAAAAUACUGUUUUAUUAUUCCAUUCACUUAUACCACUCGAUUAUAAUAUAAUCAAUAAUUUUAUAUAAUUUUUAGUAUGAAUACAAGCAUAUAAUAAUCAA